AUGUUAUUUCAAGAGCUCCUCUUUGUCAAGGGGUUAGCGUCUCAGAUUCCUUGGCUUGUUACAGGAGAUUUUAAUGUGGUUAGAGCUUAUCAGGAGAAAAGUGGUAAGGAAGGGUUUUCUAACUAUGAACAUGAGUUUAUAGACUGCUUGAGCUGUUUGGAGAUUGAGGAUCGAUCUAGCUGCGCCUGGCUGUUUCCAUACGUGGACAAACAAUCAAUGUGGAUCUCUAUUUCCAAAAAGCUGGAUCGAGCCCUUUCUAAUCUGGAGUGGCUUCAACACUUUGGCAACACUGCUGUGGAAUGUUUGGAGAGGGGAGUGUCGGAUCAUUCUCUAAUUCUUUUCUUGGAUUGGAUUGCGGAAGGCUGGAGUAUCAAUGUAGAAGGCUAUUCUAUGUUUAGGCUUUAUUCUAAGCUUAAGACUGUGAAGCGAAUUUUAAAGGUGAAAAACUUGGAGGUUUUUGGGGGUUUGGGACAGAGAGUGUCUCAAGUUAGGCAAGAGUUGGCUGCUGCCCAGGCUGCAUUCCUCUCUUCUCAUGGAGACGCUACUUGGCUUCAAAAAGAAAGAGAAUGUUUGCAUGUUCUAAUUUCUAUCACAGCUGCUGAAGAGAACUUUUUUAAGCAGAAGCCUCGGAAUAAUUGGUUGAAUUUAGGAGAUGGAAAUACAGUUUUUUUCCACAAGAAUCUCCUUGGGCAUACUUCUCAUGAAUUCACUCACGUAAAGGCUGAUAAAGUUGCUAAUUUGUUCUGUAAGAAGUUCUCUCCUUGUGUUGAGCGCAUGCAGGCUCGGGUGACUAAAGAUGAGAUUCAACAAGUUAUUCUCUCUAUGGAUAGAACCAAAGCCCCGGGUCCUGAAGGGUUGCUUAAGGAGGUCAACUCUACAAUUAUAACCCUUGUCCCCAAGAAAAAGAAUGCUACUUCUGUGGGGUAUUUUAGGCCUAUUUCUUGUUGUAACUUGGUCUACAAAUGUAUUACAAAGAUUCUGGCCAAUAGAUUGGUGGCCGGAGUAGAUGAGGUAAUUAGCUCUAAUCAAGGUGCUUUUGUUCCAAAGAGAAGUAUAGUGGAGAAUAUUUUGCUUACUCAAGAACUAGUGUCCAACUAUCAUAGAACAAUGGGUAAGGCUCGUUGCACUCUCAAGAUUGACUUAAUGAAAGCUUAUGAUUCCCUUAAUUGGGACUAUGUUUUUCAUUGCUUGGGCUGCCUUGGUGCUAGGUCAAAAUUGUUGCCAAGGUUAUUCUUCCAAUAA